AGAGUCUGUAUAGUUACCAGCGAGUUUACAGAAGUGUUAGCAACGAAGCGAAACCGCUAGGCCAGCUAAUGCAGCGCAACGAGCCAAAAGAGUCAGAAACCGAAUGUCUCAUCUCCCUACUGGACACAAAUGUACUAUUUAUCACAAUGAUACCGCUGCUUUGAACACUCUUCGAGGAAACAGAGACAAACACUCGCCAAUCCUUCUACUUGUUCAAGCGUCGAAAUAAAGCAGUUGUGUUCAGGUGUGAAUGACCGACGUGGUGCCCCCCACUGCCCUCAGCGAAAUCAAGCUCCGUCUCCUGUGCCAAGAUGACAUAGACAGCAUUAAAGUACUCUGUGGUGACUGGUUCCCCAUUGAGUAUCCUGACUCAUGGUAUCAUGACAUCACGUCGAACAAAAAGUUUUUCUCUUUGGCUGCAACCUUCAAGGGCGGCAUCGUGGGGAUGAUUGUGGCGGAAAUAAAAGGCAGAACCAAAGUACACAAAGAGGAUGGGGACAUUCUGGCCUCCAGCUUUCCUGUUGACACUCAGGUUGCAUACAUCCUGAGCUUAGGCGUGGUGAAGGAGUUUCGAAAACAUGGAAUAGGCUCCCUUUUGCUGGACAGUCUGAAGGACCACAUCUCCACCACAGCCCAGGACCACUGCAAGGCCAUCUAUCUGCAUGUGCUCACCACCAAUCUCACAGCCAUUCACUUCUACGAGAACAGAGACUUUAAGCAGCACCACUAUUUGCCCUAUUAUUACUCCAUCCGAGGAGUGCUGAAGGAUGGUUUCACGUAUGUCCUCUACAUCAAUGGCGGUCAUCCUCCUUGGACAAUCUAUGAUUAUAUUCAUCAUAUAGGGUCAGCCCUGGCCAGCCUAAGCCCGUGCUCCAUUCCACAGAGGAUCUACCGGCAAGCACAGAGCCUUCUGCGCAGCUUCCUGCCUUGGUCCGGCCUCUCGUCCAAGAGCGGUAUUGAGUACGGCAGAACCAUGUGAUGGCAACCCACUCCCAGCCUUGCAGGGUGAAGGAGAGCUAUCCCUUUCAGUCUUACCAGCUGGAUACCUGAAGCCUGUUGCUGGUGAUUUUACAAGAAAGCGAUCUCCCAUAACCCUUGUAUUAUAUUUGUACAUAAUAUAUGCCCCUAUUAAUAUAUGCAUUGUCUUUAGUACACUUCCCUCUUGAUAUGAAUUUUCCAGUCCACAUCAUGCCAUUUUAAGUCAUUUCGCUGCUAUGUAGAAAAUGUUUUAUGGUUUACCCACAUCUUUAAUAUAAACAGAUUUUAAUGUGUGCCUGUUCUUCAUAAGAGGACUAAAGAGGUUAGGAGUACUUUCUUCCAGGUGUGUUCUUCAAUAUGGAGUUUUUUGUGUGCAUGUAUCAAGCCAUGUUUUGGUGGUUUAUUUGCACCUUGAAGCAAAGGACCCCUCCCCCUUUUCUAUAUAUAUAUAUAUUUUUUAUUAUCAUUUUGUCUUAUGCAACGUUUUAAGCAAUUGUAUUAAAAGGAUGUGCACAAAGGCAGUGAAUGUAGUGGUGCUGUCAUGGGAGAAGUUAUAGUCAAGGCCAACACCCGCCUCACCCAAUGCUUAAUGCUAAUGUCGGUUUUCAACAGCAUAGUCUUUCCCUGGUCCAUCACACCCAUAAUAUAAAUGCCAUGCAGUAUAUUUUGUUUUUACAUGAGGAAUAGAUGAAUAUAAAAGAUAGCCUGUACAUGACAUUUUUCGAAAGUGCAGUAUGGUUAUUCAGGGAUUUGCACAAGGUGGGAAAAAAAAUUAAAUGCCUCUGUGUUGCAAGUAACUUUACAAUAUAAAAGAUGAGCAAAAUAUCUGACACUUGGGAAUUUGUUGUUGAUUGUGGGCAUCACUGGUCCCAAACACUAAAGGCAUGCUUGAGAAAACAGGAUCACUCUGGAAAUUACUUUGCAUUGCUGUUGACCAAGGUCUUAAAAGAAGUGUUAGAGGGGCGUUUAGUAGUGCGCGAUUCUUUAUAUAAGAGCAUAAUUUAAGACAGAAGCCUGCACUGUUCAUUAGACAAGAGGAAAAGCACAUUCCAUUUGGACAGGUACCCUUUUGUUCAGUGUAUCUAGCCAACUGAAGUCCUGCUUUUUGGUGUACUUGCCAUGUACGUUACAUGAGGAAGAUGUUUUUAUUAGUAAUAGUUAUGAUACUUUCUGAUAUUUCAAAUGGGAACUCUUAAAUUAGAAAUGUAGAUGCAAUAUAUGUUCCUACUGACCCAUGAUGUAAAUCCUGAGUUCCAUUUCUCCACAUUCUGAAAAGGAAUGAAUCCAUGGCCCUGAUGCUGUGGACUGGUAGAAAUACAGUAUGUAGGUUUUGAAAUGGCUGCCACCCAUUGUGUGUUCAUGUGUUCCUUCUUGAAACCACUGAAAGGCAGUGGUAGCUCAGUGGUAAAGGUACUUGAUUAGUAAUUAGAAGGUUGCAAGCCUUGAUCUAAUCCCUGAUCAAAACCCUUAACCCUCAGUUGCUCAAGCUGUCAUAAUUGUAAAUUAAUUUGGAUUAAAAUGUGUCAAGUAAAUAAUUAUUUUAGAUUUUUUUUUGUUUUGUUACAGACACUAAAGAGUGAAUGUGAUGUAUGUUGGGAGUAUUUUCGUCCCCUAAGUCGCUGAAAUGCAGAAUGACUGGUCUGACUGGUGUUAUGGCCUAUUAAGAAAAAAUAAUGCGUUUUGUCGUUUUAAAUGUUGACACCUCUCUCUAGGUUUUAAACAGAAUCUCAGCUCCUAUCGUACAUUUUGACUUGUGCAAUAGUGCCCUCAACUGUUCAGUGAGAUUUUAUUGAAAAAGCUGAAUGUGGAAAACACUCUUUUUGGUUUGUUUGUUUGUUUGUUUGUUUGUUUAAUUGUUUUUGUUUCCCUUCUUUUGCCAGCCGUGCAACUGCAAAUCUGGUUGUCUUAUUUUUCCUAAAUGUGUUUACAACAGUUUUGUACAAAGACUGAUCUCCUAAACCCCUUAAAUUCUUUCACUUGUUUACUUUAAUCGUUCUUAGAUUCUUCCACCCAUGCAAUCAUACAUGCUUGAUUUGACUAGGCAUAAAAGAGGAAAUAAAGCUCUUAAAUAUU